UGAUUGGUAAACCUGAUCGUCAAUCUCGUCAUUUCGCGUCAAACGUCAAAUUUCAUCCGUGCGCCGCUUUUUCGCGCUUUUAACUCAAGCGAGAAUUCGUGCAUCAUUAAAUAUGCCGUUGCACCGGUACACGCACGCGAUCCUGUGCAGGAUCCCUUUAUCGUUGCGUACGCGAGGCGAAGUGACAUUGGAUGAGGCUAGAACGCAGCAUCUGGCCCUGGCACAACUUUUGCGUGAGCUUGACAUCGACGUCGUCGAGAUGCCGCCCGACGAGAACUCGCCACUUUGCGUUUUUGUCGAGGACAUCGCCGUCGUCUGCAACGGCAUCGCUCUGAUCGCUCGACCGAGUGAGCCGUCACGUCUCAAAGAGCUUGAUACUAUUAGAGCUGUUUUGAAGAAAGAAUUAGAGAUACCUCUUAUAGAGAUAAGUGACAAGAAUGCUCGAUUAGAUGGUGGAGAUGUUCUUUUCACUGGUAGAGAAUUUUUUGUUGGGCUGUCGCAUUUUACAAAUGAAGCAGGAGCGAGAGCCGUUGCGGCAGCAUUUCCAGAAUAUCCAUGUGUACCCAUCAAGGUGGCUGAAUCCAAACGCUUGAAAUCACUCGUUACAAUGGCUGGCCCAGAUGUUAUAUGUGUAGGAUCUGGAAAAGAAUCUCAGGAAGUUCUCAAGAGAAUCGAACGGGAGGCAACGUACAGUUACCAAACAUUGACUGUGCCUGAGGACGUAGCCGCCAAUGUGCUCUACGUAAACGGCACGCUCAUUCAUCGAUCGGAAGACGAGAUCCCGCAGUCGAGUAAGGUUUUCGCAGAGAAAGUUGAGUUUCCGACUAGAUCGCUACGUAUGUCCGAAUUGGCAAAAGUUAGCUCCGGUUUGUCCUCCUGUUGCCUGUUGGUGCGCAGACCGCGACACAUCCGUAGUAUUUAAACGAAAAAAGAGAAUGAGAUCUACGUUGCAAUCUAAUCGCGAUCUAUGCCACCAGUGAUAUCCACGAAUGCAAAACGUAAAAUCGAGUUUAUCGAAUCUGUGGAGAAAUACGAUGCAAUGCAUGACAAUGACGAUACGUCAUCCUGACAUUUUAAUAAGUAUUUUUUAACUAAUUUAAAGAGUUAUUGUAUUAUUUCAUAUCUUUCAAGAGAGAGAUUCAGUAUUUGAAAAGAUAUAAUAUAUAUAUACACAUAUAUAAUUUUUA